CACAGUUGAAGCUUGGUUUGUUCGGCAUUCAAGCUUGAGCUCGAUGACUAAGCCACGUGGAGCUUUGCUCGAAGUGCGUCAGAGCUUCAUACCAAUGCAGCCAUGGUGUCUACAACAACCCUGGACCGUUAUUGGUGAGAGAGCUUGACUCGAAUGCUCAGACAAAGCCUCGAACCCCUCAGUCGUAAAUCACACAAACUGAGGAACUCGGGCUCACCAACAGCUUAUCCUUUCAGUGAAAACAUUCGUCCUGGACUAAUUUGGAGUACACGCCAUGAAUGUCACGGUCACUUUCAAUGAGCUCCUGCGGGAACGAAAUGCGCCGGAAACAAGAAAACGUGUCACCUUGGAUGCCAUCGAUGGUUUCUUAAAGGAGGCAUAUAGGAUUAAUUCUCAUAUCACCAGCCUACAUCGAGAGCUUCAAGAUGUUCGACAAGCUUAUUUAUCGACUGCGCAGCCACGAAAGACACAUAACCGAGUCGCAAAAGAACAAACACGUGUGCUUACAGAUCGAGACCGAGAAGAAGUCGACGCCAAUGCGAAACAGAUGAUUCGGGAGUUGAAUGCUGGCAUUCGUGCUCUCGACGAGGCUGAACAGUUACGGCGUGAAACUGAAUCAGCUAUAAUCCGAAAGAAAUAUGGAGGCCUAGGAGCUUUUGGAGCAUGGGCUUCAGGUGGUAUAAUCAGCAGCAAAACAGAGGAGCAUGCAGAAGCUGAAGCCAAGGCACGAGAUUUGGGAAUUCAUCGAGAUAGUAUUCUCUGGUUUUUACGACAACGACUCGAGCUAUGCUGUCGAACGCAACAAGAAAUGAUGGAAACACGUCUAAAACGCGAGUUGGAGAAGAACCGCAGCAUGCUUUCAAGAUCAGGCGCCACCAUUGCUGGAGACUUUGCGGAAUUUCCUCCAUCUGCCCGACGAAACUCCCAAACAGCCCCUGCUGCACCGAUCCCUAUGUCCGAAGACGGCCAGUUCCCGAGCCAGGGGUUGACAGAGGAACAGAUCCAGAUGUUUGAGCAAGGGAACCAAGACAUGAUGAAGCAUUUCGAGAAUAGUUUGGACAAAGUCAGAACUGCUGAGAAGUCGUUACUAGAAAUUGCUGAGCUGCAGUCACUUCUCGUAAACAACCUCGCCACACAGUCAGCGCAUAUAGAUCAGCUUGUAGCAGACUCGUUUGCAACUACGGAAAACGUGGGCGGUGGCAAUAAGGAAUUAAAAAAGGCGACACAGCGCGCAAGUCCAGCAAAGUAUACAUUCUUUGCAGCAAGCGGGCUCUGCGCUUUCCUUGUGCUUUGGGAUCUGGUGUUUUGAGUUGGCAAACGAAUAAAAGGGUAUGCAGACAUACUGACACCUAGGCAUUAAUAGCUGGCAGGGUGUGGGAGCCGCAACCAACUACAUCUCUAUGCUAUAUACUAAGCAGGUAGUCAAAGACGGAGCACAUGUAUGUGCCUUGUUAUAUUCA